AUGCCAGCAGCCGGGGACCAGGACCUGAAGGUGUGGCAGAAAGUGUUCGAGGAAUUAAUUCACGAGGUCAAACCAUGGCACCACUGGACCCUGACAGCAGACGAAAGCCUCGCUCCCAACAUCCUGCAGCCGGGGUGGACACAGUACCAGCAGUGGGGCUUUGCCAGGUUCAGCUGUUCCUGGUGCUCUCGCAGUUGGGCCUCUGCCCACGUGCAAAUCCUUUUCCACAUGCACUGGAGUAAGAGGGAGUCCAAGGGCCAGGUGAAGAUGAGGAUCUUUGCCCAGAGAUGUCAGAAGUGCGUUCAGCCUCCAUUUGAGGUUCCCGAAUUCACAGAAGAGAACAUCUCAAGGACCCUGAACAACCUGGUGUUCCGGAUUCUGAAGAAAUGCUACAGAGAAGGGUUCAAGUCCAUGGAGGAGAUCUCUGCAAUCAAGGACAUCUCUCUUGAAGGGCCACAUGACACUCACAACUGUGAGGCGUGUCUGCAGGGCUUCUGUGCUCAGAGCGGGUUAGAUCUGGCCAAACCGUCACCAACGUCCCCCUCACUUCCCACAAUAAGUAUCUAUAAGUCUUCUCGUACAUGGGUCAGCACCACAGUGGGUGACGUGACAGGGGACACCAGGGUGAAGAAAGAAAAGGUGUCUUCCAACCCCUCGUUUCCUGAGCCCCCCCAGGCCAAGAGUUCCAGAGCAAACACCAACCCCGGGGUAGAGAGGGUGUCUUCCAAUCCCUCGUUUCCUGAGCCCCCCCAGGCCAAGAGUUCCAGAGCAAACACCAACCCCGGGGUAGAGAGGGUGUCUUCCAAUCCCUCGUUUCCUGAGACCCCCAAGGCCAAGAGUUCCAGAGCAAACACCAACCCCGGGGUAGAGAGGGUGUCUUCCAAUCCCUCAUUUCCUGAGACCCCCAAGGCCAAGAGUCCCAACCCCGGGGUAGAGAGGGUGUCUUCCAAUCCCUCGUCUCCUGAGCCCCCCAAGGCCAAGAGUCCCAACCCCGGGGUAGAGAGGGUGUCUUCCAAUCCAUCAUUUCCUGUGCCCCCCAAGGCCAAGAGUCCCAGAGCAAACACCCACCCCCGGGCAGAGACGGUUUCUUCCAAACCCUGGUUUCCUGAGCCCCCCAAGGCCAAGAGUCCCAACCCCCGGGUAGAGAGGGUGUCUUCCAAUCCAUCAUUUCCUCAGCCCCCCAAGGCCAAGAGUCCCAGAGCAAACACCCACCCCCGGGCAGAGACGGUGUCUUCCAAACCCUGGUUUCCUGAGCUCCCCCGGGCCAAGAGUCCCAGAGCAAACACCAACCCCCGGGCAGAGAGUAUAGUCCAGAUCUCCUUCCCAGAGGAGGGUUAUUUUUCCCACACAGCCCCGAAUUGCACACACUGCAAUUUAAGUAGGUGCUGCUGCUGCUUUAUCAUUCUCCUCCUAAUCACUGUUGUGGUGGUGAUUGUGGUUAAAAUCACUGGAUGAACCUCAAAAACAAGGAGCUGAGUUUAAAGAGUCAGACACACCAAGUCACGUACCGUAUGAUCCCACUGCUGUGGAUGUGCAGGGCGGGUGAAUCCAGACAAGAAGCAGG